CGCAGCUUCUACUAUCCUCCAAAUAAUAAUAUUUUCAACGUGCGUGGUGUCGAACGAGGCGAGACGGCACGUCAAGGGAGAACAUUACCAGCGAGAUACGGCAAGCAUGGCACACGUUCUCGAACAUGGUGUACACUUGGGCAAAACCAUCGUUCCCAACGCUGAUGGCCUACCACCAGAAGAAGAUCAAGACGAAGAUCAACACGCUGAGACCCUGUCUGCUUGGGCCGACAAAUACAGGGGUGCGACAGUCGCAGAUCUGGAUCUCCCACCAGCUCUCUCUACCUCUCCGAACACUUCGCUCUCUUCGGCAAUGCUGUCAGCUUCUUCUCACGAUUACUCCCACUUGACGGUUGUGUCUGACGAUACGCGUUCCCUUCUGGGUUACCUAUCGAUAGCCAGACUAAAACAGCUUUUCGAAUCGGGCCAACUCCAACCCACGGACUCUGUCGAGAAGGCCAUGGUCAAGUUCAAGAGAGGGAAGCGGACCUACAAGACGAUCAGUCUGGAGACCGAGCUCUUCGAACUGGAGGGGUUCUUCGAAAACAUCGGGCCACUCGCAACUGGAGAGCCCCAAGACUUUGCGGUCGUCACAGAUGGCGGUCGCAAGUUCGUCCUGGGUGUGGUCACUCGAGAAGAUCUUGAGACAUUUGUGAAGAAAAGACCAGCCUGAGAUGGAAAUCUGAGCCUGCCAGGCCGGAAGAAUUGGCUUUGACCGAGGCCGUUGAGCAUUUAUACUAUGGACGGCGUUUCUGCCGCCACGGCCAGCGCUAAAAUUGCGGACACUGGUGUCGAUAAUGGCGACUUCAUCACCUUGCAAAUAUUCGACGAGGGCAAAGGAGCGGUUGCUUGAAGUAAAGAGAACCUUCAAUGUCCGAGAGCGAUUCCCUUCUAGUCCGCGAAAGAUUGCAGCUAAUGCCCCAAUCUCUGCUUCUGUGUCUCACUCGAAUUCCUCCAUGCGGUCAAUGACGAUCAAUAUGGGAGCCGGGGCGAGGCUCAGAGGUUUGGCGCAAAGCAUGCCAGCUACUUUCGAGCUUGUGGACGUCGCAUCGAGACUGUCGAAGUCAACCCCUACCUCCCCCUUUUCUGUCGGCAGCAGAUCCAGCAUUUGAUACGCCAAAGAGUAGAGCAUUCCAACAAGACGAUCAUAGCUCCCCAGAAUCUGUUGUCGCUACUGACCCAUGUGUGGUCCGCAGAGAAAUGAGGGGGUGGGAGCCUUUAACGCAUCCGCUGACAAUACCAGUCGACAAGCCAACAACGAAAUCUCCGGCAUCAUCCCUGUCAUGGCUGGGUAUUCCACGUAGAGCAGGUUUGAGUCGGGUGAUCGGAGGAAUACUCUUAGAGCAAGCGCUACUCUCUCAUACGUUGCGGUUGGAAGGACUGCUUCCGGCUCCUACAGCACCGUACACCUUCAUAGACAUAGGCAAGCAGUUUCUCGACCUGUUUCUGCAACCCCCCGACGCUUUCGAGGUUCUCAACCUCCGUGUUGCCAGUCGCUGUGACGAGCUCCUCGGCUUCUGUGGCAACGGGAAGCUGUUGUUGCGUAUUUGUGAGCUGUUUCAAUGACCUCCUGAAAUAGAAGAGUCACAA